AGCGACUCCUUUACCCGGAAGAUUUCCACUGUGCUGCUCCGCAGUGUAGCCGAAUCUGUUAGCUGACAGAUAAAUAUUAAUGUAGAUUUAAUAUAUAUAUAUAUAUUUUUUCCGGUCUGUUUUAAAGGACUGGAGUUCGGGCUGGAGUAGCGCGUGUUCAGACUGAGAUUUGACUGGCCCUCUGUCCUGUACUGGCUGAAAAUCUGCUUUGUGGAAAUAAUGUUUGAUUGAUUACAGAACCAGACCCAGUCAUGGACAAAGAUGUUAAGCCGGAUAUUACUGCUGCCAUGGUUGGAGGGCCCACUAUUGGUAGUCUGGCAGCGCAGAACAGAUCUGAAGAUGAGGAGUCUAUGGGAGUGAAGGAUGUAAAACGGGCGGCACCUCAAGCGUUCAGUGGGGGUGGGCUGGUUCCCAAACGACGCAGCUCCUCCAGAUCAAUCAAGAGGAAGAAGUUUGAUGAUGAGCUGGUCGAGAGCAGCCUGGCUAAAUCUUCUACAAGAGUGAAGGGACAGCCCGUUAUAGAGCCAAUCAGAUGCCCUGGGACUGAGCCAUCGUCCAGUGAGAAAAAGAAGAUUUCAAAGUCCACAACAUCAUUAACUCCCCCACUUACCAUGGUGAUCGCCCCAUCUCCAAUUACCAAACGAGUGAAGAAGAGUAAGCAGCCACUUCAGAUCACUAAAGACCUCGGCCGCUGGAAACCCACAGAUGACCUGCUGCUCAUUAAUGCAGUUCUACAGACUACUGACCUCACGUCUGUUCACCUGGGAGUAAAGUUCAGCUGUCGCUUCACACUCCGAGAGAUUCAGGAGCGAUGGUACGCUUUACUCUACGACCCUGUCAUAUCAAAGCUGGCUUGGCAGGCAAUGAGACAGCUCCACCCAGAGGCUAUCGCUGCAAUCCAGAGCAAAGCUCUGUUCAGUCAGGCUGAAGAGGCUCUGCUGUCUAAGAUUAGCUCAAACAGUCAGCCUAAACUGGAGGUGUUCCAGGACUUGCUAAACAAGAACCCCAGUGUGUUCUACCCAUCCCGUACCGCCAAGAGUUUACUAGUGCACUGGCAGCUGCUUAAACAGUACUACCUGCUGGACGACCAGAGUGUUCAACCUCUUCCCAAAGCAGACCAGGUUCUUAACUUCUCGGAUGCUGAGCAGAUGGUUGAUGAUACCAAGCUAAAAGAAAGCAGAGACGAGGUAUUGGAGCAUGAGCUGAUGGUUGCGGACCGGCACCAGAAGAGGGAGAUAAAGCAGCUGGAACAGGAGCUUCCACGCUGGCAAGUCUUGGUAGACAGCAUCACUGGUAUGAACUCCCCUGAUUUUGAUAACCAGACCCUGGCAGCAUUAAGAGGGCGCAUGGUCCGAUACCUGAUGCGAUCUCGAGAGAUCACCCUUGGCCGUGCUACCAAGGACAAACAGAUAGAUGUGGAUCUGUCUUUAGAGGGACCAGCAUGGAAGAUUUCCAGACAGCAGGGGGUCAUCAAACUCAAAAACAAUGGCGAUUUCUUCAUUGCAAAUGAAGGCCGAAGACCGAUCUACAUUGAUGGCAGACCCGUCCUGUCCGGCAACAAAUGGAAGCUUAACAACAAUUCUGUGUUGGAGAUUGCAGGUCUUCGUUUUGUGUUCCUCAUCAAUCAGGAACUGAUCUCCCUCAUCAAAGCAGAGACAGCCAAGAUGAACCAGCAGUGAACUGUGAAAAGAAACAUGACGUACUUGUCUGUGUUUGCUCACUCUGAUGAAACAGUAAGCUGAAGGCCUUUAGUAAUCAGUGAGCCAUCAGUACUGAACUAAGCUGCGUUUCUCAUCAGAAGAACAGACCUCUGGCGGUGUCGACGGUCCUGUAGAUAAAUGUGUACAAAGGGACCAGUUAUAACAGGAGCUCAAAGGGCCCUUUGAGCACUUAGUAGAAGAGAGGUUCAUCCAAUUACAUGAGAACGCUUUACGCACAAUGUGGAGGCCUCUCAGAGACCAGGCCAGUGUGCAGGGAGGCUUGGACUAAAGACCCGGUUGUACUUAAAUUCACAUUACAAUAAACUCACUAUUCCUUGAGAUGCACUAACAUACUACAGAACCUGUUCCUCAUAUUAAGUAAACAAAUCCGUUCUGAACUGUUCUCUCAGAGUGGCAAUGUCCUUUUGAAUAUGUGCCAAUUUACUUGUCUAAACUCUGAUGUAAUCGUUUAACUGUUUUAUUCUAUAAAGAAUAAAAGAACAUAUUAUUCACAAAUACAAAAUGAACAGUAAAAAAGGCACAAAAAAAAACGUAUGUUGCAGUCUGAGAUUUGAGCACUGCAGUGACACUGGCAUGGUGGCAGAGGGUUAGUGUGUGUUGGGCUGGUAUGAGUGUAUCAUACACCUAAAAAAAAAAGGGAUCUUAUUUCCUCAGUGUUCACGCACUCGUCACUGUAUGAGACACUCUUACCUAGCUGUUCCACCAUGUAGAUAAGGACUGCAGUGCUGAGAAUAACCCAACACCCAAAUAAUGGUGGUUCUGUGGUGUCCUGACCAUUAAAGAUCAGGGAAAAUGGAGGUUUAUACAGUAUGCAGACAAACAGCAGGUACAUGCAUACAUACUGUAUAUGAUUGUGUUGUUUUGACCACUGUUGUAAAUUUGAAAGCAAGUAGUAAAUCUGAAUAUGUUUUUCUGUAUUAUUUGGGUUCUACAAAAAUACAUUUAAAAAAGGUCUUAUCACUGAAGAUGGAAAACAUUUUGUGUCCUGUGGAUUAUUACAGAAUAAUACAUCGAAAA